AUGGGAAAUCUCUGUUCUUUGUUUGCUCCGCCAAAGCCCGUGAAGAAGAGACGACCCGUCACGAAGCGACAAUCAUCCAACGCCGGGUCGGGUCCUACCAGCAACCGUUGGAACCGGGUCAGAUCGUCUUCCACUAGGAGGGACAGCAAGUUCGAGGAUGCCGUGAUUCAGGAACACGCUCUUGCCGCUGCUGCAAUUUUGUUCAGACAGCAGAACGGCGGUGGCGGAGACGGCGGAUCGCUGCCGUUUGAUCGGUCCGCGUCGCAACGUUAUCCGGUUUCUGGGUCGAAGAAGAAUCAGCUGCCUCGGAGCUCGAGCACGAGGUCAAGGUCCUCGACGGAUCCUCUGUUACAGCCUCAUCAGUUCCUUAACCAGGGUAUGAAGCUAGAUGAUUUGGAAACAAACCAUUUUGUUCUCAUCCAUGGAGGAGGUUUUGGUGCUUGGUGUUGGUACAAAACCAUUGCACUUCUCGAAGAAGAUGGUUUCAAAGUUACCGCCGUAGACUUAGCUGGUUGCGGUAUUAACUCCUUCAACAUAAAUGGCAUCGCCAGUUUGUCACAAUAUGUGAAGCCACUUACUGAUAUUCUUGAAAAGCUUCCCACAGGAGAGAAGGUGAUCUUGGUUGGUCAUGAUUUUGGUGGAGCAUGUAUAUCUUAUGCUAUGGACCUGUUUCCUACAAAGAUUUCAAAAGCUGUCUUCCUCGCUGCAGCGAUGUUGAUGAAUGGUCAAAGUACACUCGAUAUGUUCUCCUUGCAGGCAGGUCAGAACGAUUUGAUGAGAAAAGCUCAGAUUUUUAUCUACACAAAUGGCAAUGAACAGCCUCCAACAGCCAUUGAUCUAGACAAGUCUCUUCUUAGAGAUCUUUUGUUCAAUCAAAGCCCUUCAAAGGACAUUGCAUUGGCUUCUGUAUCAAUGAGGUCGAUUCCAUUUGCACCGGUUCUUGAGAAACUCUCUCUCUCAGAUACUAAGUAUGGAUCGGUUAGACGGUACUAUAUAGAGACGCUAGAAGACAGUGCCAUACCAGUGACUCUCCAAGAAAACAUGAUCAAUAGUAGUCCACCUGAAAAAGUUUACCGGUUAAAAGGCGCUGACCAUGCUCCUUUCUUCUCCAAGCCACAAGCUUUGCAUAAACUUCUGCUUGAGAUCGCCAGGAUUAGCCCUACUUCUUAA